GUAGAGAGAGAGAGAGAGAGAGAGAGAGAUGGUGAGAGGCCCCUUCUAUGACAAAAAUGGACUUAAGAAAGGUGCAUGGACUCCAGAAGAAGAUGAUAAGCUAAGAAGUUUUAUUCAUAGACAUGGCCACUCAAAUUGGUGCAAACUUCCCGGGCUCGCAGGUUUAUCAAGGUGUGGCAAGAGUUGCAGGCUGCGAUGGGUGAAUUACCUCCAACCAGGUGUAAAACGUGGAAACUUCACCAAAGAAGAAGAGGAUUUAAUCUUCAAGUUGCAUGAAGAAGCUGGAAACAAGUGGUCUAUGAUUGCCAAAAAUUUAUCCGGACGAACAGACAAUGAGAUAAAGAACCAUUGGCACACGCACCUAAAGAAGCUUGUAAAGAAAACUCCAAAAACUUCCCAACGCAAAGCCAAGAAAAUCAAAGAAUCAGAAAGUGAAAGUCUUCGUGCCAGUUGUUCUCCUAACCAAAGCUUAGAGAGCUCUCCAUUGACCACGGAACUUUCUUCCUCUAAAUUAUCCUCUUUGAGCUGUGACAAUUCAACUGUCACUGGCACAAAUUGGCCUGAAGAAGAUAGUCUUUCUUCUUUGGAAACAUCACAAAAUUCCUUUGAAAACAUGCACUUGAAGAAAUAUUCAAAGAAAACACUCAAAACUGAAAGCCUUCAUGCCAAUGAUCCCUUCCACCAUAUCUUAGAAAGCUCUCCAUUGUCCCCAGAAGUAUCUUUUGCAAAAUUCUCCUCUUUGGGCAGUGAUCAUUCAUCUAUACCUGGCAUAACUUGGAUUGAAGAAGACGUUCUUGCUUCGUUCGAAACAUUUGACGCAGCCUUUGGAGACUUUUGGACUAAACCAUUUGUAGCAGACAACAUGUAUAUCCCAGAUGAGCUUCCAAUAUCACCAUAUAUUUCAUACUACGAUGAUGGCACAGAUUUGUUUGACCAGGUGAUGCAGGAAUUGCCAAAGAAUUAAUGCAUGUUUCCUCACUACUAGGAUCUAUUUUUAUUAAUAACACUUGUGCUAGUGACUGAUUGUAAAAUAUCAAAGUAAUGUUGUGUUACUUUCUUUGGCUACAAACAGCCACCUAAAUGUUAGAUAUGUAUAAUAAAUCAUGCAGGGAAGUUUUAAGCUUUCUGCUAUAAUAAUGCAGGGAGUAUUUGCUAUGCAUAUGUACCUUUUGGGCUAGCUUGUUAAGCUCAAACUUCCUAAUGAUCAAUGCAAUAAGUGUUGUAAUCUUCCUAAUCA